CGGAUAAGUUUCAGCGGUGAAAAAUAAAAUGAAAAUAUUUAUAUCUUAUAUUUUCAUGAAACUAUGACUGAUGGAACAUAUAUAGAUUCGCAAAAUUAUCAACUAUUAUAUCGGAUCUGAGUAAAGAAACAGAUAACAACAGAAAGAUGCAGGUCGAUGAGCGAUUACGGUGGUUAGAGACGAGGAUCAGCUCCUCACUUAGACCUAGAAAUGAAGAUCUCAAGCAGAUGAUACAGAAUGAUGAAAAUAGGUUAGCCUUCCAUGAGUUCAUUAACAAUGAAGAUGUGCGCCGUCUGUUCGUCUUCAUCAGACCACCCAAGCAGAUUAUUGCGUCAUUACAGCCUCCGCACGAUCUCACGUUCAAGUCAAUUUUCUUCAUGAAAUGCGGCUCAGGGAAUAAAAUCACAAAGGAAAAUAUAAGAGAGGAGGUGUAUUACACUGAUUGCUCAGAUGUGCCACUAGAACACAUAGAAUUGCUCACACGAGAAGUGUACCUCCCUCUUUUGUGUAUAGACCAGAGCCAUGCUAGUGCCUUAGGAAUAAAUGCUGAUAAGUUGAUGGAUGUAUUACACAGGCUUAUGGCCACUGUAGAAGUUGCUCAAGGUCAUAUUGAGGGGCAAAUUGUGUUACCAUUUCCAUCAAUAGAGGUCCUUGCAGAAGCAGCCGCCAAUCCUUCACGACGUGGUGCAGUGUUACAUGUUUUGGAGUCCACUGUGAUUGGCUGGAUUAAACAAAUCAAAGGAAUUCUAAAACACGACCCAAUUCAUGAACUUGAUCGCCAUUUUGGGCCACAUCCAGGUCCGUUGGAUGAAAUCUCAAUUUGGGAACAAAGACUCCAAAAAUUACAUUCCAUAAAUGAACAAUUGGAUUCUCCAGUCGCAGUUGACAUUUUACGAAAUUUAGAAGAUGCAAACAGUCAAUAUGCACACUCAUUUGAAAAUGUUCGUAAAGAGAUCUACAAAGCGGAACAAGAAACAAAUGAGAUUUUGAAAUUUCUUGGAACCCUAAGCCCCUGGUUUGACCAGCUACAUGCUGAGCUUCAACCACUUUUGAUGAUGAAAUUGUUUCCACCUUUGAUCCAUACAAUAAUGCUAGUUUGGUCAAGAUCUAGAUAUUACCAUCUACCAGACCAAUUCCACAAUCUUCUGAGGGUCAUAUCAAAUGAAGUAGUUCACAGGGCAGAAGCCAUGGUCGGAGAAGAUGUGCUCCAUGAACCACUAGAGUCCUAUACUAAGCUGAAAGAGGCCCUACGUGUGUGUGCCGCAUUUAGAGGGACAUACUUGGACUAUAAAGACAAAGCUGAUGAAAUGAAUGGGCAGAAUGUUCAGGACAAUUCAGAAAAAAUGCUUCAUCGACCGCAGGGUGUUUUAUGGAAUACCAAAAUGUACGGCUCCGGUGCAUAUACACCCAAAUAUGGUGUGCGACCUCGUGAUGUCACAGAGAGCCAGGAUGAACUGAAUGAAGACUUGUGGAUGUCGAGUCCUUGGCCACCAAGAAAUGCACCAUGUUUUGAUCUGCUCAAUGCAUUCAUGGAGAGAUGUAAUGAUGUCCUUGAACUUGUCCAGACAACCCGUCACUUCCGUCUUCUAGCUGAUGCUGCUGCAAUAGGUGGCGCUGGUAGUCAAAGCCUCGAUGCCCUCGUCAAGGAGAUAGACUCAAAAUACAAAGCAUCAAUGGAAGAAUUCUUCUCAUACGUCACAAAUGUUCUCUCAAUAGAUGGCACUCAAGCAUUUGAGAAAGCGUUCUUUUCAUUCCGCUCAGUCGUGAAGGAUUUGGAGCGUAAGCUGGCUGAUAUAUUGAGGGCAAGUUUCAUGCAAUGUCCAACAAUUGGAGCGCAGUUAAGAUUGCUUGAAGUGUUUGAAGGAAUCAGUAGCAGAGAACUUGUGCAGCAAAACCUAAGAGACAAAGACACAGUACUUGUGAAGGCUUUCAUGCAGGAGUUGAUCCAAGUCAGGAAUCUAUUCAAUCAGGAUAACAGGCAUCCCCCUACCCACAGAAAUAUGCCCCCUGUAGUCAGCAAACUUCUAUGGGUGCAUGCCUUGAGACAGCGAGUGCAGAUCCCUAUGGAGAAAAUGAAGCGAGUUAGUCCUCAUUCUCUUGAAGGUGACUCCGGCUGGCAGUUACGCGACCAAUACAACGAGGCCAUGCAAGACUUCAAAAAAUACACUGACAAAAUUAGCAAUGAGUGGCAGAGUAACAUUACCGCUGAAUUAACCACACGGCUGAAACAACCACUUCUAGUGGCAGAAGAGUAUGAUGAGGAUGUAGAUCAGCGUCCCCAGGUGGUUCAUGUUAACUUAGACCCGAAACUAUUAUUGCUACUACGGGAGAUCCAUUACCUAUCACAAGAACCUCAUAACAUCCAUCUGCCUGCCCCAGCGCGGGAAUUGCUUCGGAAUACGAAUGCGUAUGAGUUACGUGUCACGGCAACAAGACUGGAGACCAUUGUAUCGAAGUAUAAUGUAAUCAUGAGAACAAUCACUGAUAUUGAGAAACCAUUGUUUGAAAGAAAACUGGCAAAGAUAGAUAAUCUGUUUGAGGAAGGGUUGAACCACUAUACAUGGAAGACAAAAGAGAGUGCUGAUUUUAUAGAAAUCUCGACAUCGCUUGUCUGUUUGGAUGUGCAUCAGAACCUAGAUGUUGUUCAAACAAAUUGCCACGAUGUUGCUGAGAUCACAAUAUCGUGGUCGCAAGGCAUGCUGGAUGUUUUUUCCUCACGUCAGUCAGAUCAGAGCUACUCGAUGGAGAAUUUGGUCUCAAUGCAAAGUGUACUCGAUGAAGAAUUCGAAAACCAUGUGGUGCCCUCUGGUAACAAGAUUCAUAGCCUACUACAGGGAUCAUUUGGUGCAGUACAAAUAAGUCAAGCUUCCCCAGCCUGGGUUGAUUAUGUAGACUACAUUGAUGCCAUAGUAUUAGAUGGGUUAAAACAGGCAACAUUGGCUAGCUUGAAAUCAAUGCUCAACACCAUUGUGCAGUGUAAUAUGAACCCUGAUGGCAUCAUACCGAUUUUGACAAUCCGAUUGGAACUGAUAGAAAAUGAGGUAGCAUUCCGUCCACCAUUAGACCAAAGUACAUCCGUGAUAAGUGUCCAAGAACUAGUCAAAAAAUGGCUGGAAGUAUUUGUGGCACGUGGAAAACUGGUCAACAUGCUAGGUGGCAACGGUGACUACAAAGAUUAUAUACAGGUUGACGAAGAAGUUCAAUAUUUACUGGAGCAGAUAAAUAAAUUAGUGGAGGAAAAUGGAGAAGAAUGCAAGAAAUUAUUCCAACUCUUCAAAGACUACUCAUUUCUAUGGAUACAAGAUGUCAAUCAAACAUUCGACGAGUUUCUCAAUGGGAAAGUUUCUCCAAAUCCUCUCCGACAGUCAUCGAAACCAAAUACAACGAUAAUGAGAGAGGUUGCCUCGGCCGCCUCAAGGAGCUCAAGGGCAUCAUCCAUACGCAGCAUUGACUCCCAGGGUCUCGUAGGAACGGCAGAGAAGACAUUCCUUACCCCAAAGCAAUCCAGAGAGGCCGUCCCCAUAAAUGUCCCGUCACUUGAUGAGUUUGAUGCUGAGAUUGACAUCUAUAGGACGGCCAGGGAUGAGGUGUAUGCUCUCGAAGACCAUCAAGAUGUUGGUUGGUUACGCGUGGAUCUUCAGCCAAUCAAACAAGUCCUUACAACGUAUGCUAGCAAGUGGAUGUGGACCUUCACCAAAUAUCUUUCUGAUCAGGUGACGAUCAUGCUUCAAGGCUUAGACCAGUUCCUGAAGCGUAUUGAGCCAGAAUUGGAGAGUAUAUCAGGAGAGGAAAGAGACACGGCCUCAUUCAUGAAGAUUAUGCGCCUUUUCAAUGAGGUGUCAGCACAGCAGUCAGAAAUGGAUGGGAAGUUUGGAGCGAUGCACAGGACAGUACUGUUGCUCAAAAAAUACAGCCAGAAGCUACCAGAUGUGACUCAACAACUAUUCAAUGCAGCUCCUGGUCGAUGGAAUAAUCUCAAAACAAAGGUGUCGCUAGCGAAGCAAAGACUUGGGCCUAGAAUUCAAGAGGAAUCUGAAAGAAUCACAAAGGACCUUGCUGCAUUUGGAGAGAGAGUAAACACCCUGAACACAAACUUAGAAGAUUCGGAGGUAUACAAUCGCGACUACAGCAUUGGUGAUGCCUACAGCAGUCUAGAUAACUUCAUGUCAAGUCUGACUGUCUUGGAAAAUGAAGCGCAAGAUUUGAUAGAGCUUCAAGAGUUGCUGGAAACAUCUGUGGUGAACUUUUCCAUCCUUCCACAAUGUCGCCAUGACUUGAACAACUUGAAGCAAGUUUGGGAGACAGUUCGUCUCAUUGACGACCAGCAGAGCGAAUGGAAGCGUCAUCGCUGGCAGAAAAUGAACACAAAGUUCUUACGUGAUGAAACCAACAAACAGCUUGAUAUUGUUAAGACUCUGCCAGAAGAUGUAUUUAUGUGGGAUGUUUAUAUGGGCCUCUUGGAGUCUAUUACGACUAUUCAGGCCUGCCUGCCUCUGAUUGAUGAUCUUAGCAACCCUGCUAUGAGGACACGUCAUUGGAAACAACUGGUCAGAGUGACAGGUGGCGCCCUACAGAUUGAUAAUGACACCCUCAAACGAAUGACCUUGGGAGAAUUGCUCAGUCUCGGCCUCCAAAAACAUGUGGAUGAUGUACGUGCCAUUGUACAACGAGCUGUUAAAGAUCUUUCCAUUGAACAGUCUCUGAAGACAUAUGAGGAAGUAUGGCUGUCUAAGAUCUUUGAUCUUCGAUCUCAUGUCCGUGUGAAAGCGCCAACUACUGCUGGGACUGUCAUUGAACAAAGCAAACAAGAUGACACUCAAAGUGAGUCCCACAGUGAAGCAGGAUCUAACCUUGCCAGUAAGACCCAGAUGCGAACUACGACGUCAGCCAGUCGGAUAUCCAACCAGAGUGCCCAAAGUAGGCAACGGCGUACUAGCGUUUCAUCACUUCCUGCGUCUUUGCUUAAUAUGGGAGAGGACUCUGGUCAGCUGCAGUUGAUAACUGACACAGACGCCAUCUUUGAACAGUUAGAGAGCCACCAGGUGUCACUGCAGGCGAUGCAAGGCAACAGUGCAGCAGGCUCAUUCUUAGAUGAGGUGAUCAAGUGGCAGAAGAGGCUACAAACCAUAGAAGCAGUUCUUACAGCUUGGUUAGAAGUACAGGAUAAAUGGGUCGAGCUUGAAGAGAUUUACACUGGGUCUGAUGUAAAGAUCACCCUGUACCAAGAUGCCAGCCUAUUUUCUAGCGUGAACAGAGACUUUAGACUUCUUAUGAGAGCAACUGAGAAGAACCCAAAUGUCCUUCAGUGCUGCCAAAGAAAAAAUGUAAUGAGAAUCUUGGAAAAGAUGAACUCAAACUUGGAACAAUGUAAGAAAUCUCUAAUCAGUCACCUUGACCGCAGACGACAGAAAUUCCCACGAUUCUACUUCCUGUCAAUGACUGACGUCUUACAUAUUGUGUGUAAUGGCUAUGACGUCAAUCAAGUGAACCUGUACGUCAACAAGCUAUUUGAAAAUGUUGGAAGUCUUGUUUAUGAGGAGGUCGACAAUGACAGAUGUAACUUCCAACUUAAGGGUGUAGAAAGUGCUCUAGGUGAACGCCUUCCUUUGAAACAGCCUGUGCUCUGUGAAGGAGCUAUCGAAGGCUGGUUGACAGCAUUCCUACAAGCGAUAAAGGAGGGUAUCCAAUACCAGCUAGCAACAGCUAUGGGUCUGGAGAAACCUCCUCCAAAACGUGAAAUACACAGUGCGGGGGCGAGGCGAGUCCAAGUCCAGUCGCGCUCUCAAAGCAGACAGGGAGGACGAGGCAAUAGUUUCAGUAUAGGCCAGACCCCUAGAGACAAUGGUCCUAAUUCUAGGUCUCAUACCCCCAGUCACAGAGAGCGUGCAGGAAGUAGAUCCGGCAGCCGCCUAGCUAGUAGUAGAGUGAAGGACAGUCGUAUUGCUACCCCUGCUGAACAAGAAGAAGAAUCCGCAGAGCAAGGGUCCAGAUCAUGGACUUUGGACCAUGUUGCUGAGGUAGUGUGCCUGACAACCCAAAUACAAAUGACACAACAAGUGAAUGAGAUCAUUGAGCAGAUGAACAAUGGAGACAAGGACGCUCUACAGGUUGCACUGGUGAAGAUCAACUCCAGUGUCCAGGCAACAGUUAUGAUGCUUAAAGGACUUGAAGAUGAGAAAGAAGCAAGAGCAAGAAAAGAAAAGGCAAAGCUUGAAGCAGAUGAAAAAGAAAAGGAAGAUAAUGAAAGAGAGACAAUGUCCCAAUCCACGUCGUACAAGGGCAAGAGUCAGUUCGGGACUUCAAACAGAGGCUCUGUCUAUGACCUCACAAUUGAGAACCCUCAAGCAACGAUACCUGAGGAGGGUUCACAUGCAGAUGGCUCUGAGGCACUUCUGGAACCACAGACUAGUGAACCAAUAGAUACAAUGAAUCUUGGUGCGGUUGUGCUUAUACCCAAAAAGAGUGACCAUGACCUUGAGGUUGAAAUUCAACAGAAUCGUGAGAAGCAACAAUCCGAGGAAACAGAUUUGAAACUGAUGCUCUUCCCGAGUCAGAUCCAGAAAAUAAGCAGUCUUAUAUCUGUCCUUACUCACCAAAGGGACCUGCUGGUUCGUUUAAUUGAGAAAACCAACGAAUCAGACACAAACCUUGAGGAAGCAUUUGACUGGCGAUCCCAACUCCAGUAUAAAUUCAACACAGAGGAUUUGACGAUUUCUGUCAAGUGCCUUGAUGCAGAGUUUGACUAUGGGUUUGAGUAUAUGGGUUCAUGCACACGGGAAGUAAUUACGCCAAUGACAGAGAAGGCAUUUGUUAGUUUGACGCAAGCUGUGAAGGCAAAUGUAGGAGGACUAUGUAUGGGACCAUCUGGGGCAGGUAAACUCGCCACCAUCCAUGAAUUAAGCCGUGCCCUAGGCCAGCCUCUAUACAUGUUCAAUUGUACGCAACAACUAGAUAGCUACAUGCUGGCUGAUAUAUUCAAGGGGUUUGCAACUACAGGAGCAUGGAUUGGCUUAAACAAUCUGAAUGUGUUGAGUCCCGCUGUGUUGAGUGUCUGUGCACAGUAUUUGUCAACUGUGCUUGAUGCAAUCAAAGCAGGAAAGGCAAAUGUCAUCAUUAGUACAGAAGAGGUGUCACUUUCAUUGACUGGAGCAUGUUUUGCAACAAUUGAAACAUCACUGAAGGCAGAAUCUGGCAAUCCAGAGAAAUUACUACUCUUCAACUCAAGAUUGUCCAAGCUGCCUGCUACAAUAUUAAACCAGUUCAGAGCAAUAGCUAUAAUGAGGCCGGAUAUGAGAUUGACCCUGGAGUGUAUGCUUGCAAGUCAAGGUUUUCUUAAUGCUGGAGAGUUGGCCCAUAAAGUUACACUGUUGUAUGAGAUGUGUAGGAAACUUAUUGGAACAGACUCACCCAUCACUAGCAACGUUAACCUUGGUUAUGAUGAAAACGAUGGCGUGCAUGGCUGGAGUUUACAAACUCUAAAAUAUGUUGUCUUUGAGGCUGGCGCCAUCUUGGACAAAUUUAUUUGUGAGCAUGUAGAAAAAUCCACUAAAGCCUCCCCAGUAAAGGUCACUCGUGAUAAACCACGUACAACUGAAGGUGAAAAAGAUGAAGCAGAUCAAGGACAAAUGGAUCCCGAGCAGAUUGAUAAAAUUGCGGAAGAGACACUCCAGAUGGAAUCGGAGGCGCUAGUGACGGCUCUCCGCAACAGCUUUAUGCCGAGGAUGAAAGCCAGAGAUGCCUCCAUUUUCACGACCUUGACCUUUGAUUUAUGGCAAGGGGUUAACGUUCCAAUGAACUUUGGAGGAUUAGUUGAUAGAGGGAGCCCUGAUAUGGAUAUUGAGUCAAGGUCACCGACUAAGAUGUCAAAGUCACAAUCUCGGUUGAAUAAAGCCAAAAGUCGAAUGUCAGCCCAUAUGCCAACUUUCAGAGAAACUCUCAACUUGAACACUCCUGUAGUAAGCCUUGCUUCUGCGGCUCCAACCAGGUUCAGCGCUCUACUGGACCAGACUAACAAACAGGUCCUAGAGGAAUUAGAGGAUGCAAUUGCCAUAGCAACCAGUAACCUUGGUCUCCUUCCUGGUACAGCAUUCCAAGCUAGAGUAGCCCAAUUGGCACAGCUUAACACUGCACAUCAGACAAUCAUAGUAUGUGGGCCACCUGGCUGUGGAAAAACAGACUGCAUCAAGACAUUCGCUCUGGCUGAGAGGGAAAGAGGAAAAAUCAUUAACAUUCAAUCUGUUUUCACAAAAGCAGUGGAGUCAGAGGACUUGUUGGGGCACUGGGACCCCAAAACACGGGAGUGGAGAGAUGGACUUAUGGCAAGUUUAUUGAGGAAGUUCUGUAUUCAGCACUCAAAGGCAAACUAUGAACUGAAUAUUAAGCCAGUAAUCAAGAUUCUACAAAUGGAUGGAAAUUUGGACCCCCGCCAGAUGGAGCUAAUGUCUGCAAUGUUGCACAAUGAUGGGGCCAUUGUCAUGGGCAACAAUGAGAGGAUCAAUGUCUCUGACACACUCAGAUUUGUUUGGGAGAUGGAGAGUAUAUCCAACCUGAGUCCCUCUGUAUUGGCCAAUGUUGGCGUCAUGGCGAUGCAGCGGAGUGAUGUCGGAUGGGAGUUAAUGCUUGCCCAAUGGCUUGCCAGAAAGAACAGCUCAGAUCGGGAUAUGCUACAGGCAUUCGUUGACACUUACAUAAUGGCGACUGUGAACUACCUGACCCAAUGUUGUCGUCCACCCAUGUUGGAACCACGCCCAGCCAAGACUGGACGUUUGCUGCCACAUUAUAAACGUGUGAUUCCUCAGACGGAAGAAAACAUGAUCAGCACUAUGACGGCACUAAUGGAUAGUAUGAUGUUGAUAUAUCCUGACCUAUCAGAAACAGAGUAUGAACGAUACUUCACUCUCGCGGUGAUUUGGGCAUUUGGUGGAACUUUGGAAGUCCAGUACAGGGAACCCUUUAGUCAGUGGUGGAGACGAACAUUCGAGAAACACAUAGAAUACCCAAUAGGUGGCUCUGUAUUUGAUUACAUGGUGGACCAAGAGAGUCAUGAGUUCAUCAAGUGGACAGAACUUGUACCAGCGUAUAGUGCAACCCCACAUUAUGGUAUUCCCCCAGAGGCCUUUGUACAUAAUGUCAAUACUGAGCAACUGACAUACAUGAUGGGGAUCCUCUCAGAUGCUGGAAAACCUGUCAUGCUUGUGGGCCCCAAUGGUUGCGGGAAGACAUCUAUAGUGACUGAUAGAAUCAGAACAGUAUGUUCAGGAGAGGUGGCUGAGGUCUUAGCUCUUACUAUAACAACAAAUAGAUUCACAAAUGCUAAGUUACUAUGUGAGCGCCUAGAUGAGAGAACAGAAUGGAAACACGGGAGAACUUAUGUUCCUAAGGGCAACAAAAGAUUGAUGUGCCUGGUUGAUGAUCUCAAUCUCUCACAGGUCGAUGAGUUUGGAAACCAGACAGCAACAGAGCUGGUAAGACAGCAUAUUGACGAUGGAGGAUUCUACGAUCCAAUCACACACACAUGGCGAUACAUCAAAAAUGUUACUUACGUCACAACUGUCAACCCCAACUGUACAGCAACUGUACCCAAACUUAGUCAGAGGCUGCUCAGGCAUUUUGCUGUAUUUGGGUGCCCAUACCCAAGCGAAAAUGAAUUACAAGGGAUCUUCACCACAUUGCUCAAUACGCAUUUCAUCACGCCUGAGAUGUCAUCCACGGUGACUAUUGCUGCAUCCACGGCGCAUCACUUGGGAAUACAUGAUGAAAAGGUUAAGAAUGUUAUUCGAGAGGAAGAGGAAGCCUUAAAGCUACUGCUGUCGCUCAUGGUGAAAGUGAACAUAGAGCUUCAAGACAAAAUGUGCUCGAUGUUCCUCCCUACUGCCCAAAGAUGUCACUAUAUAUUCACAAUGAAUGACCUUGGAAGGAUAUUCAGGAAUAUAUGCUUGAGUUUAAGACCAGGAUGUAAAAGGGACAACGUCCUUAAACUCUGGCGUCACGAAUGUCAAUGGAUCUAUGGCAACCGCAUGGUCAGUGAAGUUGACCUUGAGAGAUACGAGGCAGCAUUUGUGCGCUCCAUUCGCAAGAUGUUUUCUGAUGAGGAUCAGAUCCAGCUGCUCAUCCAAUCAGAGCAGCCACUUUUCAGUAACCUGGUAGAACAAGAUGGUGGCUUUGUAACCGCUGGCAACAAUGUUGGCAAUAAAGGGUUCAAGGAUGUGAGUGAGGCUGAGACUGAUACAGAUGUUUAUAUGCCUCACACUGAUGUGGAAUAUGUGAAAGCACUCCUACAAGAUGGCCUGGAUGAGUAUAAUAAGACCCAUCCUCGAAUAAAGUUAGCCCUUUAUAGGAGUGUAAUACAACAAGUUUGCCGUCUAGCUCGUGUGAUGUCAUCACCGCAUGAGGUAGCUCACACGUGUCUUGUGGCUGAAGGUUGUCCUGGCAGGUGCAUCACAAUGGCUAAACUCGCCGCCAAUCUUUGCGGAUUCCAGACCUUCAAAAUCAGUCCUAGUCCCAUGACAAGCACCGUGGAGUACAAAAUAGACACUUUUAAAUCAGAUAUUGUGAAUGCAUACACUCGAGCAGGUGUUAAGUCUGAGAAGACCCUCUUCUUGAUUGAAGAAGAGGAACUGGUUGACGAAGAUUUCCUUGUGUUUGUAACGGAGUUCAUUGUCUCAAGUGACAUCACGCCAUUGUUCAACUUUGAAGAGCGUACAACAAUUAUUAACUCAAUAAGGACUGAUGUAACUCAAGCAGGAUUGACGUACACAAGGGACGUUGCCUGGGACUUCUUUUUGAGAACGGUACAGACAAACUUCCGUAUUUGUUUCAUUGCCUCGAGUGGUGGGAAGAAGUUUCAAAAGAGAUGUCGGGAAUACCCAGCAUUCACUAAAAACAUCAAUUUCAUCUGGUUUCCACAUUGGCCGAGGGCAAAGCUCGUUGAACAUGCAGCUUUCCAUCUGGAGGGUGUUAAUUGGAUGAUUCCAAUCCAGAGAGAGAACUUGGCGCAUAUGUUAGCAUCCAUGCAUCUGGUUCUGCGACAACAAGAUGGCCAGGAGCUGACCUCCGGGGAAUACAAUCACAUCACAAACACAUCAUAUGAGAAAUUUGUUGAAAAGUUUAUCUACAUGGCGAAUGCACGUUACAAGGAGAUCCAUGACAACCAUGGUAUGGUGUCUUUUGCGAUGAGGCAGAUUGACAAAGAGAAUAAACAGGCAUUGAAGCUAAAGAGACAGCUUGAACAUGAAAAGAUUGUAUUUGAAGAGAGAAAAGCUGGUACCAUUAAAAUUCUUGCGCAGAUUGGUCAAGACACAGCUAUCACUGAACAACAGAUCAAGAUAGUGAAAGCCCAAAUGGAGAAAAUACAGAGACUCAAGAAGCUUUUGCCAGAAUAUCAAGUAUCCCAUGAGAGGGCUGUCUAUAAAGCUAUAGCGAUUGUAGCCGACACCAAGAAAGUUGUGUCCAACAUGAACAUCGACAGCUUACAUGAGAUGAGAGCAAUGCAGAAACCUCUGAUAGACAUUGAAGACCUCAUGGCUGCUAUAAUCAUGAUAGUGAAAUCCCCGCAAGCAGAUUUGACUUGGCAGAAAGGAGCUAAAAGACAGAUGGCAAACAUCGAAAGAUUUAUUGAUGAGUUGAUGUCAUUUGACGACAACCAGCUUCCAGAGGCGACCUUGAACCUUGUAGAACCAUACCUGAAGAAGUCUUCAUUUGACCCUGAUAACAUCGAGAAAAAAUCUGGAAAUGUGGCAAGCAGCUCUCUCUGCAAAUGGGUGCGAGGUGUAGUGAGAUAUCACAGGAUGAUGAUUUCUAAGGUCAAACCUCUUCACAACAAAGUGGAGCAAACAACCCAAGCUGUAGAAAAUGCUGAGCAAAAAAUGAGAAUGCUUGAAAAUAAAAGAAAGGCUCUUGAAAUGAGACUUGCAGAUUUAGCUAAAGGAUUUGAGGAAGCUACUAUUGACAAAAAUGACCAGGAGGACAAGACGAUAAAGAUGGAUAGAAUGCUAGAUACAGCUGCUCGCCUGAGAAAAAUCUUGAAAAGUGAACAUCUGAGAUUCCAACAGAUUUAUAAAUCCCUUGAUAAGCGUGAGAUGGCUAUCCCAGGAGGCAUUGCAAUGGCAUCAGCUUUUGCAACAUACCUUGGCCCAUACCAUUAUAGCCUGCGUCGUCUCAUGCUCACUGUUCAUUGGCCAACAUGUCUGAGGGAGCGAGGCAUACCAUUGGUUAUUGACUCCAUUAACCCUCUAAGAGGUCGAGUAGUUGACUUCUCUAUCCAAGGAUUAAAGACAGCAUCUGGAGCAAGUGAUGGUUUUGACGACUUUGAGGAGAUGAUGAACAGUGUUACAUCAGAUGAAGGCGAGGCUGAUGAAGAAAUGGCAGAUGAUGAAGAUGAAGAAAUUGCAAAUGCCACAAAUGAAGAUGGCGAAGAGGAAGAAAAAGAGAAAGGAGAAGAAGAUGCUGUAGGAAAGGAAGAGAAUGAAGAUAAGAAUGAAGAAGACAUUGUCAAAGAAGGAGACAUUGGAGAAGAAGAAAAACAGGACACUGAACAAACAGAAAAAGAAGCUGAUGGUCUUGGGAAGAUUGAAGAAGAGGCUGAGACGGAAGCUGCCGAUCCUGCUGAUAAUGAAUCAAUCGCAGAAAGUACUGCAAGUAGCACUGUUCCCCUUAUAACAGCAUCGCAGUAUAACCAGUAUGUCCGUAGUCUAGUGAAGCUUAUGGUUGGAGAAAAUAUUCUGAAUUCAUGGAUCAAAAAAGAUUUGGGCCCCCGUCAGAUAGAGAAUGCAGCCAUUUUGAAAUCGUCAUGGCAACGGCCUCCAUUGUUAAUUGAUCCCUAUGGAGAUGGAUUAGAGAGUGUGAAAUGGUUGAGUCGAUCCCUCCAUUCUAAGAAACUAGUUGAUGUCGACAUGACAAUGAGGACGGAACCGUCAGUCAUGGUUGCAAUGGAGAAAGCAAUCAUGAAAGGGAAGCCAUUGUUGCUGAAACAUUGCGAAGAAACCAUUGACAAUGUCAUCAUGCCACUUAUAGAUCACAGAAAUACUUCCAAAGAGAUGGAACAGACAGAAGAAUCGCGUAUGAUCAUCUACUGUGGCAGACGCUCAUUAUGCCAUCCUACCUUUCACCUGUAUAUGAGUACAGAUCUACCGAAGCCAAAAUACAGCGCAACUGUCGCCUGCACCACAACACUGGUGAACUAUGGGAUAUCCACCGAAGCGAUGGUCGAUGAUCUUUUGGCAAGAGCUUUUACACGUGUCCGCCCGGAGCUAUAUAGGGAAAGAAGACUUGCUUUGAAAGGAAUAUCACAAGACCAGGAGUUACUGAUCCAAAUCGCAGAUGACCAAAAGCAAGAUGUGAAUCGUGAAACGAGUUUGAGCAAUAAAAAGCACGAUAUGGUGGUUUUCUUUAAUGAAGAAGAUGUCAAUAAUAUAUCAUCAGGCAUGCAAGCCAAGGUCAAGAUGGCUGGACGACUCAGGGAUACCCAACAAAUCCUACAAGAAUUGGACAAUCUCCGUGAAGAGAUGUACCCAAUAGCUCGCCGAGGGGCCCUUUUGUUUGCUCUUCUAAGGAGCCUUGGGAGCAUUCACAGGGAGUACCAAUUUACGCAGGACUACUUUCUGUUGCUAUUUGAUGAAGCUGUUGGGGAUGAUUUACCACCUGAUAUGGAAGUUGAAAGUGACACAGAAGAGGCCCCAGAGGAAGAAGAAAGUGCUGAUACUUACGCUAAAACGCGGGUAGGAGCUAGUAGUGCCAAAUCUGCAACUGGGGGCCAGCUUUCUGCUCGUGAUAUCAGCGACCAGAAAUCAACGGAACAGUCAGACAAAAAAGAUGGAGAUGAUGAAGAAAUUGAAAGAAGUGGAAGCGGAGUUAGUAAGAAAUCAACCAAUCAGGAUGAGUCAAAUAAAAAUGAAGAAUCGAAAGAAGAUGGUCAAGGAGCGUCAACUAAAUCACGGAAUAUCAUCAUCCCUGAGGGUAUUGACCUCCCAUCAGAAGGUGUGGAGUAUGAGAGUCUCUCAGCCAAUCAAAUCAAGCAGAUUGUCGACAAAAUGACUGCACAUAUCUUCAACAGAAUCCAUAGGAGUCUAUUUGAGGAGCACAGGCUUUUGUUCGCCACAAUGCUGUGUCUUAAUAUCCAGGUCGAAAAUGGAGAGAAAAUCUCUGAUGAAGAAAUGGCAAUUCUGCUUCAAGGAAAUCCAGGUAUUGGCAUGACCUUGACCUUGGCAGACUUUGACUGCAAUUCUGAAAUUCCAAGAUGGCUGCCAAAGGACAAAUGGGAGGACGUGUUUGCAUUAUCAGUUCUCCCAGGAUCUUUGGACAGCCUGUGUGUCCACAUAGCAUGUAACUCGGAGGUAUGGGAAGAAUGGUAUAAGAGUGACUUGCCAGAGGUUGAACCAUGCCCAUUGGCUAAAGGGGAAGAAAAUGACGAUGCUGCUAAGGGUGACGAUGAAGAAAAUGAAGAAGACUCUGGACAAAUCAAUGAUUUCCAUCAACUGCUUCUGAUCAGAAUCCUACGUCCUGAUCGUUUCCCAACUGCCAUGUCAAAGUACAUUGAGAAGAAUUUAGAUAUAAGUCUAAGUGAGGAGCCGCCAUUGACAAUUGAAGAUGUAACAAAGAGUGCAAAUGGAUUACAUAAUGGUCUGUUCAUCUUGGUGCCGUCAGGUUCGGCAAGUGUUGAAACACAUUCGAUAUCAACAAUGAAGUAUACACACAAUGUGGCUGAUAUUCUAUGUGACAUAGCAGAGAAAAACUCCAUUGAGGUUGAGAGAAUGAUACUUGGACAGAAUAUAGGUCAAGACCUGAAUCAUGUCGUGGAGCUAGCGAGACAGCAAAAGGGCUGGUUGAUCAUACAGAAUCUUCAUCUUGCAUCCGAGGCCUUCUUUAGCCAGCUUAUUACGCUGUUCAAGGAAAUGAAAGAAUCUAAAGAUCAAGCUAAAGAGAAUGAGGAAAGUGAUACCAGCGGUAACUUCUGCAUCUGGAUCACAUCAGAGCCAUCUGACUGUAUGCCUCUGCAGGUCUUACAGCAAGUGUGUGUGAUAUCAUGGGAUAUGAUCGCCUCCCUUGAAACACCACAAGGGGCUACUAAUACCCAGGAUGCAACAGGUUUACACUUCACAGAUGGUUCUACUGAACAUAGUAUAAUACCAGCUAUAUCCACUGCUUUGAAGAGUCUUAAACAGAGUGAUUGGAACAAAACCAAUGAGUUUGCUACACAGAUGAAAACUGCUUUAUUUGGUGUUGGUGUUGUCCAAGGGGUCCUAAUUGUGAGACAGUUGUAUGGUGCACGAGGGGUCUCCCAGUGGAACCCUCUUAGCAGGGUUCAAAUACAGCAAGCGAUUGAUAUUCUGUGUGGAGGGAUUCUUGUGGAUAAAAGCAGCGGGACUGCAAAUAUGGAAAACUUUGCACAGGUAUUGUGUGAUCUCGUGUAUAAGAAUCUGAUGCCAGCCCACUGGGACCAACAGUACGUUUGGGGCCUCAUUCAACAUGUUAUGUCGAGUGUCAUCCAUGGGGAAGCUUCUAUUAAACUAGGAGAUGUUGAAAUUCCUGUGCCACCUGCUAAUGUUGAGCCGGCAAAUUUUGGCACUUGGCUUGAGGAGAAGGUUCAAGAAGACUUUUCAAGUGUCAAUGUUUUGUCUUUGAAUGCAUCUGUACAACGAGAGAGAAAUGAAUCAAGUGGGGCAGAUUUUAUCAAGCUAUUGGAGCACAUCUAUAGUUCUCAGAAUGAUGACUUGGGUGACAUCAGACAACUUAGUGCCCCAGAACUGAACAUGGAGAAAUUACGCAUUUCUUUGGAUCUCUGCUUGGAGAGUUUCCCUCCUUUGUUAGAACUGGGGGACAUCCCCCAGAAGGCCAUGUUUGGGGAGUAUGACUUUCCGUAUCAUCGACCAAGUGUGCUUAGCAUGGCUAGUGCGUCUACGACUAUGAUGCCAGAGUCACUAGGAUUUGUCUUGCUACAGGAAUGCCAAUGGUUAAAUUCUCUCCUAUGUCAUGCCCGACAGAAUAUUCAUACACUGCAGAGCCACCUAUUAGGGGGCCCUGAAAUCAUACCUGGAUCAUUAUUGAACACUGCACAGAGCUUACAGCAGGAACAGGUCCCCAUGGAAUGGAUACAUCCAAAUUGUCAGCCUAGUACACACACCCUUAUGUCUUGGCUUCAAGAUAUGAAGAAACGUUACCAGCAGUUACGAGAAUGGGUAAAACUUGGAAUGGUGCCAACAUUCACGGAGGACCAUAUGAUGUCUCAGAUUGCCCCCAGAGGGCACUUGGAGUCUCUCUGGAUCGGAGGUCUCGUUAAUCCACAAGCAUUAUUUACGGCACUUCGCCAGGAGAAAGCUGUUGUUUCUGGUACUACAAUUGAUCAGGUGUCACUAGCGUGCGAUGUUUUGGAAGACGAUCAAGAGAUGGACAUUGAGGAUGAAGGAGGUCUCAUCGUGAAUGGACUAUCCUUGCAAGGUGCAUCAUGGGAUAGUGAAAAUGGGACUCUCUCUGAUGCAAGCGCCUGUCUGUUUGAUAUGCCUCGUCUCUACAUCAGGCCUGUUGUCAUAGAAACUAGGGAUGAAUCUCAAGAUGAAGAGAAAGAUCAGAACAAGGAUACGGAAGCGGAGGAGCAGAUGGAGAAGUAUCAAUGCCCAGUAUUCAUGAAUAAGGCACGUCAAGUGUGUGUUUGUGCUCUGCCGAUUCCAACUGCUGAGCCUCAAUCAAGGUGGAUAAACAGUGGAACUGCACUUAUCUUAGAUACAGGUGUACCUGAGGGCCAGGUGAAAAAGUCAAGGUCAUACGCAGCCCCUAAGCCUAGCGGUCCACCAGUGAUGGCAAGCCGAAGUAUUGCCUCUGCAACACCUGCACCUUCCAGAGCAGAUACACACCGAACCACACUUGGAUCUAGGGCCACCACUGCUAAAUCUCGAGCCUCUGCGAGAGCAGCAAAUUUAAAUAAAUCCCUGGAUAAGGGGGAGGAAGAACAAGAGACGGAAGCACCUGAGGAUGGAGGUCAAACUCACAGGUCGAAUGACUCCCAACUGUCAUACAAAAAGAUGUCGCCACAGGCAUCUCCUCUCCCGCCAGAUUUAAUGAUGACACGCGAUAAACCAGUAAAACGUGAUGAUGACCUGAAUUCGAACAAUAAUGCAGAUAACACAAAUAACAAUAACUCUGAAGCUCAAUUGGAUGGCUCUAAUGACAAUGAAAAGUAUAAGUCCACAGAGUCCUUAGCAGCUAAAUCUGAGAAAUCCUAUGUGAGCAAGAAAUCUAGUCGUUAUGAGUCUAAGGGGUCUGUAGCGGACAGGAUGUCAGAAGGAGGUCAAUCGAGGAGGUCGGCUCAUGACAGGAGUGAUUCUAAACUGUCGAGUUCCAGUAAGAAAUCAUUGGGUAAAGCAAAAGAAAUAUAUGACUCGAAAGAAUCACUCGCUGAGAAACAAUCAGAAAAGCGUGGUUCUAAGGAGUCUCUAGCGAGUAAAAAAUCAACGAAAAGUAGUGAAAAACAUGGUUCCAAGGAGUCUCUAUCGAGUAAAAAAUCAACAAAAAACAGUGAAAAGCGUGGCUCUAAGGAAUCUCUAUCAAGUAAAAAAUCAUCAAAGGAAUCUGGGAAAUACGAAUCCAAUGAAUCUCUUAACCAGUCGACCAAUCAACAACAGCCACAAAGCCCAAUUAGGGAAGUCACAGAACCAAAUAUGGACAAUCAUGACACAAAACCAAAAACACCAUCACCACAACCAAAAGCUGAAUCCCCACCCCCAGAAAAACCUAAAUCUCCUGCGUCACCCCUACCCACAGCUGAGAGUGACGAUGAUGAUGACUUUUUUGCUAAACUUGCCGCUGACUCAAAACGCAAAAAAGAUGAAGAUCAAAAAUCCAAAGACAAUGAUGAUGAUAUAUUUGGAGAUGACAACAAUGAUGCAUCUAAACAACCUGCCAAAAACAACAAUGUUGAUGAUGAUGACUUAUUUGGUGACUUUGAUGAAGGGGCCUCUAAGAGUAAAGGAGGUCAUGGUAGAAGAGGACAAUUGGGUAGUGCCACAAACCCAGAAAGUCGACAAUCAAGCCAUAAGGCAACAACUCCACAGUUUUAAUUUAGAAUCCAAAACUCAAAUUGUAGUAUAUUAAGAAGAUGUGGAGAAGUAUUUCAAACAAUCCAAUGUCAAACAUUCCAAGAACUAAACUAAAAUGUAUAUUAAUUGAAAAUUGGGGAGAGAUAAUAAAAACAAUUUUUUUAAUUUGUUACCUACAAAUCUUUAUUUAUCAGUUAGAGGGCCAUUAACAGAGACCGAGUUAUUAUUGUAUCCAUGGAAAUAAAGAUGUCAUAGACAGAAAAGAAAAAAACUCAAAGAAUUCUAAGCAAGUUUCUAUUUAUGACCCUGAGAUUAGUAACCAAUAAAAAUAGUAGCCCAGACAGGAAUUAUCGUUUUUAUUGAUUUUACCUGUCCUGGCUACUAUUUACCUAUUAAAUUAUUAUAAAAGUAUUAUUGCUGAUAUUUAUAAGACUAAAUCCCUGAAUAUUCAAGGUUUCAGUUCUCUGUAUGCUGACCUUGGAUAUAUCCAUGGGGUUUAAAUGUAUGAGCAUCAAAGUGUAAUAUAUAAAUAUAUUCUAGAAGACAUUGUAUAUUAUUCCGUCCAUUGUUUUAUAUUCACAUAUAUGUUUAUACUUCUAUGAGAUUUUAAAGUAUUAAGAUAAAUGGUUUAUUCUUAAGUGGAACACUUCUAAAGUUCCGUUAGCCCUUUACAUACUAGUUCUCUAGUCCCUCUUUAAAAUACCUCCAAAACAUUAUUUUAAGAUAUCAAAGGCGUUCCACAUACACAGGUUUUACUG